AUGACCAACACCGUCGCCCCGAUACCGCGCCUAAUCUACGGCACCGCCUGGAAGAAAGCCCAGACGGCGCCCCUCGUCGCCUCGGCCCUGUCCGCCGGCUUCCGCGCCCUCGACACCGCCGCCUCCCACCACUACUCGGAAGAGGGCGUCGGCGCCGGCCUCCGCGCCUGGCUCGCCCAGAACCCGGCCCACGGCGUCCCCCGCUCGGGCCUCUACAUCCAGACGAAAUUCUCCCCCCAGCCCUCGGCGCUGCCCAUCCCGGACCAGGUCCACGGCUCCGUCGCCUCGUCCCUCAAGAACCUCGCCGUGCCCAAGGGCCUGUUCGCCCCGGGCCCGCCGCCGCCGACGACGAAGACGACGACUUCUACCUCGACUGCGUCCUCCUGCACGCCCCUACCCCUCUCCUACGUGCCGUCCCGCGUCCGCACCCUCGGCAUCUCCAACGUCGACCUCGACGAGCUGCGCGCCCUCUGCGCCGACGCCGCCGUCCAGCCCGUCGUCGUCCAGAACCGCCUGAACCCAAGGGAGGCCUACAACACCCCCGUCCGCGUCUUUUGCCGCGACAGGGGCAUCAACUUCCAGUCCUUUUGGACGCUGACGGCGAACCCGCCGCUGGUGAAAAGCGCCGCCGUCGGCAGGGUCGCCGAGGGCGCCGGCGUGAGCAACGAGGUCGCCAUGUACGGGCUCGUGCUGGGGCUGCGGGGCGUCAGCGUGCUGGACGGGACGACCAACGAGGCCCGCAUGAAGGAGGAUCUCGAGGGCGUCGAGAAGGUGGCCGCUUGGGCCGACGGCGACGGCGCAGACGUCUGGAACGAGAGCCUGGCGGCGUUCAAGUCUGUCCUCGGCGACCCGGAGGGAGUCUGA